AACGGCGGCGAACGGCGGAACCAAGCAAGGCAGCGCGGUGCUCGCGGGCUGCGCUCGCUGGCUCGCGUCAGUGCGAGCAAGCGGGCGCACCAGCGAGCACCCACUCGGCCGCGUCGCCGCGCCCUGCUGCUGCUCAUGCGAGAGCUACCCUGCGCCCCCGCAGUCCGCGGCCCUUCGCCACCGUCAGACUAAGCGAGCGAGCGAGCGAGACGCUGAGGGCGGAGAUGGAGCCGGAAAUGAAUCGGAUGGACUCAGUGGAAGAGCCGCCGUCGCACGCGACGCGCUUCAUCGCCAAAGUGGUGCCCGGCUUUCUGCAGCGCGCCUUCCCGGACGCCUCCCUCGAGCACCUGUACCAGUCGUACCGCGGCAAGCAGAAGAAGCUCGACAUCUUCUCCUUCUACCUGGCCUACCUCUGCUUCAACUUCUACGUUGCCGGCACCGCGGUCACCGGCGACGAGGACACCUGGCACAAGGGUCUUCUGUGGACGGCGGUCGCCUUUUCACAGGUUGGCUUGCUCCUGGCCACCUGCAUCACAACCAUCUUCUUCCUCGUCCAGAGAACGAAUAUGCAGUUCGACUUCCUGGAGAAGGUGUGGAUGGCGCUUCCAUACUUCGGCUGGUUGCUGGCCACAGGUCUCCUGUUGAUUUCGCUUCUGCUCGCGCGGCAUACCCACGUCACUCCAAGGGAGCAUCUAGGGUUCACGAUGAUUAUCAACUUUCUCAUCUACACGAGUCUGCCACUGCGACUGAGGUACUGCUUGCUGCUCAGCCUCACAAUGUGUACCUCUUACCUCACUGCCGCUUCAGUGCUCGGCAGAGAGGACCACCAGCUCGGCCAGCAGGUUCUGGUCAACUGUCUUCUUUUGGUGGCGACCAGCUUCAUUGGAUUGACGUCGUACUUUCUGUCCGACAAGCAGCAAAGAAGGGCUUUCCUUGAGACGCGCCAGUCACUUGAGGUCAAAUUGCUUAUAGAGGAGCAGUCGGCCGAACAGGAGCGGCUCCUCUUGUCCGUGCUGCCGGAGCAUGUCGCCGUGCAGAUGCGACAAGACAUGGGCACGGCCACCGAUUCGCAGUUCAAAAAGAUCUAUAUGUCCCGCCACGAAAACGUCAGCAUUCUCUACGCUGACAUUGUGGGCUUCACUGCCAUCUCGUCGACGUACUCGGCCUCCGAGCUCGUCAAAAUUCUAAACGAGCUCUUCGCGCGUUUUGACAAACUGGCAGACAAAUACCAUCAACUGCGCAUCAAAAUUUUAGGUGAUUGCUAUUACUGUAUCAGCGGCGCGCCUCAGGAACGGCCUGAUCACGCAAUCCUGUGCGUCCACAUGGGGCUGUCCAUGGUGGAAGCGAUCAAAUAUGUACAACACACCACGAAUUCGCCAGUGGACAUGCGGGUGGGCAUCCAUACCGGAGCAGUCCUCGCAGGCGUUCUCGGCCAGCGGCAGUGGCAGUUUGACGUUUACUCCAAAGACGUGGAGCUGGCAAAUAAAAUGGAGAGCUCGGGAAAAGCAGGGCGAGUGCACAUUUCUGAAAAAACGCUCUCGUACCUGGAUGACCACUUUGAAGUCGAGCCGGCACACGGCGAGAAGCGGGAGGAGGCUUUGCGAAUGGCUGGCCUCAAAACGUUCUUCAUCGUGCAGGCACUGAAGCCCUUCGAAGAAGAGGCGGAGACGAGAAACGGGUCGGCCAACGAGGAGACCAAAGUUGACGACAACAAUGUGAACACAAACGCAUCGACCGGAAAUGGAGAAUCUCUGGGCAUCAGAGUGAGCAAUUGUGAGCGGGUGCGAGAAAAUUCACACGAUUUUAGGCGGAGGUUGAGACAGGAUCUCCUGAACAGGGAGAGGGACCGGGCAGUGGAGAAACAGAUCCAACCGUGCACGCUUCAGUUCCGGGACGAGGCCAAAGAAAAGGCUUACCGAACACACAAAGCGUCUUUCCCCAGCGCUUCUACCAUGGCCUUUCCAGUCGCCGGUUUUGUCAUCACAGCUACCCAUUUGAUUAUUCUCCCUUGGACAAUAUCAAGCAUAAUCUACUCAUUAAUAAUGCUCAAAGUUCUCUUCGUCUUGUCAUUGAUUUACAUGGUUGAGGCAUUUCCUACAGUGUUUCCUCUCUCGCUGGUGAAGAUUAGCUCACAUUUCAACAGUGACUACAGGAGCCGAUUUCUUUCAGCUAUUCUGAGUGCCAUUCUUCUCUCUGGUGUUGUUUUAUUCCUUGAUUUUGUUUGCGAAAGCGUCGGAUCUGUGAACCUGAAUGUCACGGCAGACGCCAUGGCGAUUAAAGAGGGAACCAACCUGACUCAGUGGCCCUCCGACUGCCACUGCUACUUCCCAUCCUAUCUCGCCUACUUCGUCGUGCUUGUUUAUUUUGCCAUCACCCUGAGUGCAUUCCUCCCGACCUGGGCCAAAAUACUGGUCAUGCUCAUCCUUUUCAUCAUCCAAAGCUUGCUCUACACCCUCACCAACCUGGGAGCAUUGCUCAGCGCCGAGCGGAAAAUGCUGUUUGAUCCGGAAAAUGACCUAUUGCCGAUAAGCGACAAAAUCGAACUGCUCUACUUGAUGGGGACGACACUCGUCGUGCUGUUGACCGUCAACUUGUUUAACGAAAAGACGAGCCGCGUGCUUUUCAUCUGGCGCCUUACGGUGGAAGAGCAGCGGGAGAAAGCGGCAGAUAUGCGGCUGAGGAACGAAAGCCUUGUCUACAACAUUCUGCCACCUCACGUGGCUGCCCAUUUUUUGCGUCCCGGAGCUCCGAGACGUCACGACGAGCUUUACAGCCAGAGCUACGCCGAGAUCGGAGUGCUGUUCGCAUCGAUGCCAAACUUUUCCGACUUUUACACAGAGGAGUCGGUCAAUAAUCAAGGCCUCGAGUGUCUCAGAUUCCUCAACGAAGUUAUUUCCGACUUUGAUGCGAUUCUGGAGAGACCACAGUUCAAGGAGAUAAUAAUCAAAAUCAAAACUAUCGGGUCCACCUACAUGGCAGCGAGUGGUCUAAAUUUGAAGACAGAGGAGCAAGCCUUGGCGAGCCAAGGCUCAUUGUGGGCCCAUUUGGAGCUUUUGGUGGAUUUCGCGCUGGAACUGAAAAAGGCUCUCACCUCCAUCAACGAGCAAAGCUUCAACCACUUCGUACUCAAAAUGGGAAUCAACCACGGCCCCAUAACCGCUGGCGUAAUUGGAGCAAGGAAACCGCACUACGAUAUUUGGGGUAAUUCCGUCAAUGUUGCCUCGAGGAUGGAGAGCACAGGCAAAGCUGGAUGUAUUCAGGUGACGGAGGAGACGUGCGAAAUCCUAAAGCAAUUCGGCUAUCAAUUUGAGCAGCGAGGCCUGGUGUCGGUAAAGGGCAAAGGACAGCUGAUGACGUACUACCUGACAGGGAAGGGCGCGCCUCCGAGCGGCAGGGCCGGCGACGAGGCUCCCGAGAGCGUGGAGGGGCUAAGCACGGACCAGAUUUCGAUCGACCCCUCGGGCGGCGGAGACUCGAACGUGAGCGACAUCGACGGACUGAAGAGCAGCGCGAUUUCGGCCAACAGUGCCACCCACUUGCUGCCGACCCCCAACGAGGAGUGAGCGAAAUAUUAAAGCGCGCGCGUUCAGAACGGAUGGAUAGUGACGAGUCGACAAGCUCAAAAGGGACACGUGCGAUUUAGUUUUUCAAUGUGAUAACUGUUCGAUUUUUUGGGGAUACGUGCGGGACGCGGGCUGCGACUGGAACUACACAAUGGCCAAAUUAAACGCAUCAAAGUCGGUGCACGUACGAUACAUGAUUGAUAGAGAAUUCUGUGUGUCUCUGGUGUUUAAUAAGCGACACACAAACACACCCCGUUUCGUAAUUUUUGCAGUCAAUAUUUAAUACCAGCCAUAUUUGUGUCAUUUUGGCCGUUCCCUCGUCAAAUGACCAAAGAGCUCACUUUUGCGUUUUCACCGCAGUUAUAAAAGCAGUUGAGAGUUUUAAUGUUAGGAGUCGGAAGAAACACACGAGUUACAUCCGUUUUCUUCUCUCUUUUUACGCUCGAUCUAAGUCAUUGUGAUAUUGUACUAGGAACAAAAAACCAAUAAAAACACACACACACACACACAAAAUAAUUAUUAUUAGGAAGAGGUGGAUGUCACGUCAGCAUGUAGGCACAUAGGGAUCAUCGAUUGCGGAUAUUGUUUAGAGGUUGUUUAAUAACUUAACAAACACACGCAUCAUAGAAAAUAAUAUUUCAUGUUAAAUGUCAUUGAAGUAACAAACCACCCAGGACAGGACAGUUCUGCCCGCUUUACAGCUCCCCGCGAAUAGUGAAUUUCCAUUAUAAUAACUUUCAAAGUCAUAUCAGGAACAAUCCAUCCAGGCUUGCAACUUUCAUUUCUCGCAUCGUUUCUGAUCGGCAAAAGAAAUUCGUGACUUUCACACAUCAACCCGAAAUUAAUGCUCCGAGCUUACAAUUGAAACAAAGCCAAGCACAAUCCGGACAACAAGAAGUGACAUAUUUUAAACCAAAGUUUUAAAUUCUAACAAUAUAUAAUAAAGUUCUAUCGACCACAAACAUUAGUGAAAAGAGAUUUUUCUAAAUCCUAAACAACAAUCUUCGAAUUAUGAUUUCGGAAAUGAAACUAAAUGUUGUUCAACAAAGGGCCAAUCGCGGCGCAAUUGAAAAUCAAAAUUUUGUAGAGACGUAACCUCUCACUCUGAUCUCAGCCAAAACUCUGGCGCGCACUUUGUAUCUCUGCAUUUAUUUGCCGGGAAAAGGUCUAAUUAAACGGAACAAAUAUAUACCUAAGAUUAAGUAAUAUUUUACAAAAAAAGUUGACCGUAAGGUUUGGAUUGUAUCGAAACGAAGAUCUUUUGGAAGAGCUGUGCAAUAGUGUCUAUCUUUGUAUUAUAUUCGUGGACGAUUGCAACUGUCGCUACAUAAAAUUGCACAGUUUAAAAUGAACACAAGAUUUUUCCCAAGAUAUGAUGUUCGUUGUACAAAAUAAAAAAACCCGUCUGUGUA